AUGAGCGAUCGAGAAGAAGAUUACUUCCGCUUUCUGGACAUGCCAGCAGAACUGCGCAACCGUAUCUAUGACUUCGCUGCGGAGACCCAAGCCGACCAGCCUCGCUGCGUACUCCCGUGCCUUGCGCUUGCGCAGGCCUGUCAGCGACUGCGCACCGAGUACCGGCCUAUCUGCAUGAAGCGAAAGAUCAUCAUCGAUUGGCAGAAGGUUGCAAGCUAUAUGCGCACUUUUUUCCCGACAAUCAACAGCAGAAUCGACAACAUUGAGCUUACACCAUCGAGCAUGACGGUAGUGACGCCUUGGCGUGGAGAGAAGAGAGGAAAUGAACUUCAGCUCGACAUACUCCCAAUGGUCAAGAUCGGGCUCUAUAGACCAGGUUUCACCUGUUACUUCAUCCACGAUGAUAAAAGCCUAGAACGAGCUAGAGCUGCUUCUUCCAUAGAUGUCUAUAUCGGGUAUAUUCUACGAUACCUUAGAGAAAACACUGCGUCCCUGGAGACUAUUAUAGAUCAUCGAAAUGUAGAAUGGCUAUCGGACAUCCAAACUGGGAAGAUCACUAGAAUCUUGAUAUCUGAUAUCGGUAUUUGUGGACAGCCACAAGCCCUGUUCUAUGUCAAUACGGUUGAUAUGGGCCUGGGGGAUAACGUGGGAGUGGAGUCGUCUCAGCGGACGACUAUUGAAGCAGCUUACUUCGAGAGCGUUGGGCUUCUCGACAUUUGGCCAUGGUCAGUCGGCUUCCGUCAUUUUCCCGCUUUGAGGCGAGCUAAAUGA